AUGUCAAAACGAAACCUUCUCUUAUGCUUCGAUGCAUUCGGAACUCUAAUCAGACCUGUUCGUCCAGUUGCUCAGCAAUACGCGGACGUUGCUCGCCAAUGCGGUUUCACCAACUUCAACAACGAUGAGCUACAAACUGCCUUUAAAUCGUCCUUCAAACAGGAGUCCAAGAAGAAUCCUAAUUAUGGAAAAGAGACGGGUUUGGGAGCGACUAGUUGGUGGACCAAUGUUAUUCAAAAUACAUUCACGUCUUUAGCAAAAGAUGACACACCUCUGCCAAAUGAUCUAGCUCCGAGGCUGCUACAUCGAUUUGCCUCAAAGGAGGGCUAUGAGACAGAAUCGGGUCUUGUUGAGGCCUUCAAGAAGUUGAAGCAGAAUCCACCUCGGAAUUUCGACAGUCUUGUGAUUGGUGUCAUCACAAAUUCGGAUGAUCGCAUUCCCAGCAUUCUCUCAUCUUUAGGACUUGCAGUGAGCCCAUUGAGAUACGGCACCGAUUCUGCUCCCAAUGAGCUAAACGACAAGAGUUACAACAUUGACUUCCAUUGUAUGUCGUACGACGUUGGUGUUGAGAAGCCAGAUAAGCGCAUCUUCAGCGCAGCAGAACACAUGCUCGCCCAGAUCAUUAGCGCUCGUAGCGGAAAGACCUUGAGUGAAUCUGAAGGCGAGACUAGUAAAUGGCAGAAGGUGUAUGUCGGUGAUGAUUAUUCGAAAGAUGUACUUGGAUCAGCCAGCGCAGGUUGGAACCCAGUGUUGCUCGACCCAAAAGACGAAUGCGACAACGUCGCCGAUUUGAAGCAUUGGCGGUCAUCACCAAAUGAGAGUCCUAAGGGAAAGGUUUGCAAGAUUGAGGAUCAUUCAGCACAAUUUGUGACACCGCCAAACUCAGUCAUGGCCCCCAUCAACAUAUCAGUCGUCGAAUCCCACCGCCUCAACAUUACUACCUCUCAGGAACAAGCCAUUCCUUUAUCUCUCCUCGACAGCACAACAGCCAACUUCUCCAACGCCAGUGCCAUAUGGCUCUAUGAAACCCCCACUCGCAAUGACUUCAACUUAGCUUACCAUCUACGGGAAUCCCUAGCCCGGACUCUUCGAUUCUAUCCGCAAUGGGGCGGCCAUCUGAAGGCUGUGAAAUCAACAGAUGGCACCGUCCCACUAGAAGCAAAGUCGUUUCCGCCUCAUGCUCGACGGUUCGGACGUCUUUAUGCGCAUUAUGGAACUGAUGACGAUCCUGGCGUGGAGUUUGUUCGUGCUAAGUGCGAUGCUACGCUUGAGUCUUUAUAUCCCGCAGAUAGGACUUCAAAGCAGCCUUUCUGGAAAUGCGACUCCAGUGUCUUUCAAAGGUUCAUGGCCCCUGUCGCCAUUGCCCAGCCACUAAAGGACGUAUCAAAGGACGAGAAUAGACAAUUGCUGCCUCUACUCGCCAUUCAAAUCACCGAAUUGUCCUGCGGCGGUUUUGCCCUUGCUCUCAAUGGAGCCCAUCCUCUGGCAGACGCCACGACUCUUAUAACCUUUAUCAAGCAUUGGGCGCAAGAAAGCCGUGAAGGUUUUGGUUAUACUCUUCCUGCUCCAACGCCUGUGUUCAAUCCUGCUCUUAUCGACAACCAAGCGGCUGGAGACAUCGAUGCCGACGAACCAGAACUAGAUAUCAUACAGCGAGCAAAAGCUUUACCAAUGCAUAGAUUUGACUGGUGGCAUCCAGACUCGAUGCCUCCUUGGCCUUUCAAGAUCCGCUCGCCGUUUGACAAACAAGACCUUGAGCCUGCCGGCAAACCAAUGCCAUGGGCCGAGUGGAAUGUUUCCGAGCCCGUUUCAAACUACGUUGUUCACUUCAGUCAAGAGCAGGUGGUGCGUCUUUGGAAAAGGUCGAACGAAAAUUCGCCAAAGAAGCUAAGUCAGCACGAUGCAAUACUAUCUCACAUUUGGUCCUGCAUCGCUCGCGCUCGCGGUCUCGAAAACGACACAGAUCCAAUUCACUACGAUCUAGUUUACGGCGUUCGCUCGUCCUUUCAACUCAAAGAAGAUUUCCUCGGGUCUCCAGUCGUUAUGAUGAACAUCAAACUCCCUGCUUGCGAAGUUGCCAACCCAUCUAGCAUAACUCAGGUAGCGGCUCAAGUCCGCAACACACUCAAAACGAUCUCUGAACCUUCCAACAUGGCCGCCCAUCUGCACAGCCUAGCGUUUGAAAAGUCUCCUCAACGAAUAUGGCAAGCAUUCUUGGGUAGGCGGCAUAUCUUGGUGACGACUUGGGCACGAGCAGGGAUAUAUGGCGUUGACUUUGGGUUUGGAUCCAUGUGUCGUUAUGCUGAGGGUGUAGUUCCGGAAAUCGAUGGAAAUGUACUGAUAAAAGAAGCAUCAGGCCCUUUGGGGAAGUACUGGACGGAUAAUGGGGUUGAUGUUUCUAUCCACAUCAAGACAGAAGAUAUGGAGCGACUUAUCAGGGAUCCGCUCCUGUUUCCCGCCGAUGCAUGA